UUGCAGUAGGCCUACCGCGGCAUGAGCGUCGAGCCGCCCACGGAGCGCGACCGCCAGCCGGGCGGCCCGGCUCGCUGCCGGCGCGUGCUCAUGAACAACGGCGUCUGGAUGCCCCUCGUCGGCAUCGGCAUUUGCAAGGGCGACGCGGCCGCCGUGGAGCGGCUCGUCGAGGCGGCCGUGGGCGCCGGCUACCGGCACAUCGACACCUCGCACGCGGCCCACAACGAGGCGGCCAUCGGCGCCGCCCUGCGCCGCGUCAUCGCCGCCGGGCAGGUCAGGCGCGAGGAGCUGUUCGUCGUCACCAAGCUUCCGUGUGAGGGCAACCGGCGUGACAAGGUUCGCAAGUACCUGCGCUCGUCCCUCAAGAAGCUGCAGAUGCCGUUCGUCGACCUGUACCUGGUCCACUUCCCGGUGUACGAGCGCGCGUUCAAGAAGAGCCAGCACAGCGACCUCGCGUCGUCGCCCGACAGUCCCACGCCGGAGUCGGCGACGCCUGCAGACGAGACCGACAUCCUCGACACGUGGAGGGGCAUGGAAGACGCGGCCAACAUGGGAAUGACGCGGUCAAUCGGCCUGUGCAACUUCAACAAGGAACAGGUGACCAGGAUUCUCACAAUGGCGACGAUAAGGCCGGCUGCACUGCAGGUGGAGUGCCACGCGUACCUGAACCAGGACGACCUGCUGCAAUUUUGCAAGGAGCACAGUAUCUGCCUCACUGCUUAUGCGCCAUUGGGCAGCCCCAGUGCAGCGCACCACAAUGCGGCCGCCUGCAAGGGGGAAAAGCCUCGCGAAGAGCAAAAUCAUUCCGACCUCAUGCAACACGAAUUGCUGAGGAAGAUAGCGGACACCUACAAGAAGACGCCGGCGCAGAUCCUGAUCCGGUGGCUGCUGCAGCGCGGAGUCGUGGCCUUGCCAAGGGCCACGUGUCCGGAUCACAUCCAAGAAAACAUUCAGGUGUUCGACUUCGAGCUCUCGGAGGCUGACGUCAAAAUACUCACAGGACUCAACAGGAACAUGCGCUUGUUCACGUACAACAUUUACGGAUUGCCAAACAGAGCAGAGUACCCUUUCAAGUGAAUCGCCGCUUCUCGAUAGCUCGCAAGAAGUGAUCUGUAUAUCGUCCUCCGAUCACACACCUCCCAAAUAAAAGAUAAUCGUCACACAUUGUUGAAAUAAAAAGAAGCUCGUCUGA